AUGGCCGUUGAAUCUAUCCCUAUCGUUGACUUUGCCGACUUCAAGACCAACCCCAAGAAGGUCGCUCAGGAAGUCUUUGAUGCUUGCAAGUCCAUUGGCUUCUUUUACAUGAUUAACCAUGACCUCUCCGAGCAAGACAUUGACAAGGCUUUUGCAUUGAGCAAGCAAUUCUUUGAUUUGCCUCGCGAGGAAAAGGAAAAGUAUAUGAUUGGAGAGGAGAAUCAUGGCUACAGCAGCUUGUAUAGCGAAACAUUGGAUCCCGAACAUCAAAGACAAGGUGACCAUAAAGAGGGGUUCAACUUUAGAAACUUUGAUCAUGGCAAGCCAUUUGCUCCUCUCCCUGAGGUGUUUGAUAAAGAGGAAGCUUUCUUGGAGACAUUCUCACGAAACUGCCACGCCACUGCACUUCAAAUCUUGGAAGCAUUUGCCAUUGCUUUGGAAAUUCCUGAAGACAAGGGAGGUAAGGAGUUCUUCAAGAACGGUCAUAGUUACGAGGGAUCUGCCGAGAUCCUGCGCUUCCUCAAGUAUCCUCGCGGUGGUGAAGCUGAAUACCAGGAGCCUGUUCGUGCUGGUGCUCACUCUGAUUAUGGAUCCAUCACCCUGUUGUUCCAAAAGGAUGUUCCUGGUUUGGAAGUGCAAGCUAGCAGAACUGAAUGGAUCUCGGCUCCUCUUAUUCCCGGUGCCAUCAUUGUCAAUGUAGGAGAUCAGAUGGAAAUGUGGACCAAUGGCUUGUUCAAAUCUACAAAGCAUAGAGUCACUUUCUUACCUGAACAUAAUCACUUGGAUCGUUAUUCAAUGCCCUACUUUGUUCAUCCUACCGAUAGCGUCCCCUUAGUAUCUGCUCCCUCCAAAUACGUUGAUCAAACUAUCGCUGACCCAGAUCACAUUGUCACUGCUGGCCAACAUUUGCGUAGCCGUCUCGAUUCCACCUAUGACUACAAGAAAUAA